AUGGGCAUGAGCAGGAAUACACUAGCCAAUGACCAUAAAAGCUUUGGUGGUUCCCAGCCAGCAAUUGGCAUGAGCAGGGAUACACUAGCCAAUGACCAUAAAAGCUUUGGUGGUUCCCAGCCAGCAAUGGGCAUGAGCAGGGAUACACUAGACAAUUACCAUAAAAGCUUUGGUGGUUCCCAGCCAGCAAUGGGCAUGAGCAGGGAUACACUAUAUAAUGACCAUAAAAGCUUUGGUGGUUCCCAGCCAGCAAUGGGCAUGAGCAGGGAUACACUAUCCAAUGACCAUAAAAACUUUGGUGGUUCCCAGCCAGCAAUGGGCAUGAGCAGGGAUACACUAGCCAAUUACCAUAAAAGCUUUGGUGGUUCCCAGCCAGCAAUGGGCAUGAGCAGGGAUACACUAGCCAAUGGCCAUAAAAGCUUUGGUGGUUCCGAGCCAGCAAUGGGCAUGAGCAGGGAUACACUAGCCAAUGACCAUAAAAGCUUUUGUGGUUCCCAGCCAGCAAUGGACAUGAGCAGGGAUACAUUAGCCAAUGACAAUAAAAGCUUUGGUGGUUCCCAGCCAGCAAUGGGCAUGAGCAGGGAUACACUAGCCAAUUACCAUAAAAGCUUUGGUGGUUCCCAAUGCUUUCUGGAGAAACACAAAAACCAAACAAAAAUCCGCUGUACAAGAAGACAAUAA